AUGACUCCACAAGAGGUCGCCAUGGAGGGGUCAGAUUUCAGGAAGGACAAACUAAACCUCCAUACAGAACAUUCGCAUAGCACAGACCGAGACACUGGCAUUGCAUUUGAACGCUACGGCAGUCUUGGUCUCGGGUUAGCAUAUAUCGGAUUGAGGCAGAAUGCGUGUGUCCGCAACACUGCUGGCGCUGACGGUGGCGUCGCUGGCCGCCCAUCCUCACCAAGCAAGUCCCCCGAGAGGACUCCCGGCUGCGUCAGGAGCGUCCAAGGCCAGUCCUGGACACUUUCCGGGAGAUGGACACGCCCACGGAGGAUCAGGAUCAGCUUCUGGAUCCUUGAGUGGCUCCUUCAGCAAUUCGGGAUCGAGUGGCGGUUCAUGGAGCGGUUCUGUGAGUGGAGCGGGAUCGGCGGCUGCUGCGUCGGGGUCCUUCAGUGGUUCUGCUUCGCGUCGUGAAAGGUCGCCGUCUGAACGGAGCGGGUCUUGGAGCGGGUCUGGUUCCAUUUCCAUUUCUGGGUCGGGAGAUGGCUCUGGAUCGAUUAGCGGUUCGGGAUCCAUUAGUGGUUCCUGGACGGGAGAUUCAGCUUCUAACAAACCUGACUCUGGAAGUAACGGUGAUUCUUCUUCCAACAAACCAGGUUCUGGAAACAAU